AUGGAUCGUUCAUUAGCAGAGAUACUUAGAGAAGAAUGCCAAAUGGUUCACAAAGGAGAUGGUGGUUGGAAAUCAGUUGCUUAUAACACUGCUGCAGCCAUAUUGUCUGCCCAAUAUAAUAUUGAAGUAAGUGCUGAUAACAUUAAAAAUCGUGUCAAGACAUGGAAAAGGUUUUAUGCUGUAGUCAGUGACAUAUUAAGUCAGAGUGGAUUUAGUUGGGAUGCAACAAAAAAGAUGAUCACUAUAGAUGAAGAGAAUGUUUGGAAUGAGUAUGUGAAGUCUCAGGAAGAUGCUAGAACUUUUCGAUAUAAAGUAAUUGCAAAUUGGGAUGAUAUAGUGGAUUUAUGUGGCAAAGAUAGAGCUACUGGAGAGGGUUUUGAGAAUUCUCACAUUGAUGAUGUCUCACCCAAUUCUAGCUGUCCAAAGAAAAGAAAUCAACCAUCUUCUGAAAUUCGCCCACCAAAGAAAAGAGGUACUCCUAAUGUUCUUGCUGAUUUAGUGGCUAAAAUGGCUUCAUCGUUCAAACAAUUUAUCAAUGCUACCACACAAAAGCAUGAUCCAUUAGAAGUAUAUGAUGAAGUUAAUGCAAUUCUAGAACUUAAUCCAGAUGAACAAUUGAAGGCAUGCACUUGGUUUAUAGAAAAUGAGAAACAAUUUCUCAUGUUGAAGACACUUCCAAUUGAGAGAAAAAAGGGAAUGGUGUUGAUGUUUAUUUCACCAAGGGCAUAG